CGAUUUUUGGGAAUAGUUUGAGAAGGAUAGGUAUUAACUCUUAUUUCAAUGUUUGGGUGGAAUUCUCCUAUGAAAACAUCUUGGACUUUUGAUUGUGUGGAGUUUUUGAUUACUGAUUCAAUUGAUUACUAGUUGUUAGUCUGUUCAGAUUUCUAUUUCCUCCAGAACAGGUUUUUAACAUGGUAUGAUUCUAGGAACUUAUCCAUUUCUUCUAGGGUGUCAAAUUUAUUGCCAUAUAAUUUUUCAUACUUAUCUCUUCAAUCCUUUGUAUUUCAGUGGUGUCACUUCACUUCUCUUUAAAUUCUAUUUCUGAUUUUGAGUCCUGUCCUUUUUAUUUAGUGUUUAUUUCAUUUACUUGCACUGUGAUUUCAUUUUUUUCCUUCUAUUUUCUAUCUUCUAACUUUUGCCAUCGGUCGGGGGCGGGCCUGCGCCGUGGCGCCUCGCGCUCAUUGGCAGUGAGGGCCGUCUGUCGGGGACGCGCAGCCGUUGGUCGCAGAUUGCGUAACCCUGGGGCGGUGUAGUAGCUGCAGGCGCCGCCGCCGCCGCCGUUAUUCAACGGUCGGUAGCAUCAUGAGCGCCGCAGCGCCUUCCGUGCUUCGGCCCGCCGUAAUGUCUGCAUAGCGGGCCGACGGAGACCAGAUGAUGGGCCCGCUAAGGACUGGGCCCGCUAAGUUCUGGGCCCGCGAAGAACUGUGCUGUGCUGCGCCUUCCUCCCGACCUCGCCCCCCAGCCUUGGAUCGCCGCCUCGCACCCGCUGGGCUCCCGGCACCGCACUCGCCCUUUCUCGGCUCUCCCGCGGCAGUCGGACGGCGGCGGUCGGCCCGGACUUGGAGCCGCUGGCCCGGCCGGCCGGACUUCAGAGACCUCGGCUGAGAAGCGCCUCCCGCUUCCGCGGAUCUGCGGUGGAGGUUCCAGAACGGGCCCCACUUCAGGGGUGAAGACUACAGCGACGGCUCUGCGGGCUGGAAGGAUUGGGAGAGCGGCAUAAAAUUAGAAUCAGACUGCUGACUGCCCAGCAGGAUGUCAUCAACUAUCCAAGCACAGAGCCUGAAGGACCCUGAGAUUGCAGAACUCUUCUCCAAAGAAGAUCCAGAGAAGCGCUUCACAGAUCUCAAAAAAGUUUCCCAAGGAGGCUUUGGAGCAGUGUUUUUUGCACGAGAUGUGCACACCAAUGACGCGGUGGCUAUCAAGAGAUUACCUUUCAGUGGAAAGAAGGCUGUGCAGAGAUGGCAGGGUAUUAUUAAGGAAGUCAGGCUUCUCCGAACAUUAAAACAUCCCAACAUUGUAGAAUACAAAGGCUGCUAUUUACGUGAGCACAGAGCAUGGCUUGUAAUGGAAUAUUGUUUAGGAUCUGCUUCAGAUUUGCUGAAAGUUUACCAAAAGCCAUUACAAGAAAUGGAAAUAGCAGUAAUUAUACAUGGUGCUCUUCAGGGAUUAGCCUACUUACAUUCCCGUGCCAUGAUCCAUAGAGACAUCAAAGGAGGAAAUAUCCUUCUGACACCAGAAGGCCAGGCGAAACUUGCUGACUUUGGAUUUGCUUCCAUGGCCUCUUCUGCCAAGUCUUUUGUGGGAACUCCGCAUUGGAUGGCCCCAGAAAUAAUUUUAGGCAGGAAUGAACAACAAUAUGAUAACAAAGUCGAUGUAUGGUCUCUUGGAAUAACAUGCAUUGAACUAGCGGAAAGGGAGCCUCCUUUAUUUAAUCUGAAUGCAAGGCGUGCCUUAUAUCACAUUACCAGCAAUAACCCCCCUACACUACAGUCUAAUGAAUGGUCCAGUUCUUUUCGCAACUUUGUAGAGUCUUGCCUCCAGAAAAACCCUAGAGAUCGCCCUACAUCAAAGAAACUUUUAAAGCACCCGUUUGUGCUUCUGGAGCACCCUACAACGGUGUUAGUAGAUCUCCUUCAAAGGGCAAAGGAUGAAAAAAAAAGAGUGCUGGACAGUCUGCACAAUCAAAAGAAGAAGGUCCUUUCCCGGGAGGCACAUAAAGGGCCAGCAGUAGAAGCACAGGAAGAAAAGAACCAAGAUCACGGUGUUGGACAGACAGGAGCAGUGAAUAAUAUUGGAAGUCAUCAGUCUGUUCCCCGUAUGUCCAACAGGACCAGGAGUCAAAUCGGUAGGGUUAACAUUCUUCCAGAUUCCCCAGAUAACAAGAGUGAGCUACACAUGAUGGAGGGAAUCCACACACUCAUGUCUAAUAAUUCUGCCAUCUGUCUAGAAUCUGUUACAAGGGAAAUGCCAGAACAAGAGCUCAGAAAACUUGAGCAUCAGAAACAGCUGAUGACUCUGGAAGAUAAGCUGAAGGCUGAGAUGGAUAAGCAUCGUCUCAGGUUAGAGAAAGAUCUUGAAAUGCAGCGUAACAACUUUGCUGCAAAAAUGAAGAAACUGAUCAAGAAACAUCAGGCUGCUGUGGAAAAAGAGUGUAAAGUGAUGUCCAGCGAGGAGAAAAAAUUUCAACAACGUAUUCAGGCUGAGCAGAAGAAAGAACUGAAUAGCCUUUUGAAGUCCCAGAAGAGAGAAUACAAACUUCGAAAGGAACAGCUUAAGGAGGAGCUGAAUGGAAACAAGAGCACCCCAAGAAAAGAAAAACAGGAAUGGCUUUCAAAGCAGAAACAGAACAUCCAGCAUUUCCAAGAAGAGGAGAAGACCAAUCUUCUUCAGCAUCAGAAACGGUACCUAGAGCUGCACUGCCGUCGCUUCAAAAGAAAGUUGUUACUUGGGUGCCAUAACUUGGAACAGGACCUUCUCAGAGAGGAAUUAAAUAAAAGGCAGGCUCAAAAGGACUUAGAGCACGCAAUGCUACUGCGACAGCAUGAAUCCACGCAAGAACUGGAGUUCCGCCACCUCAACACAGUGCAGAAGAUGCGCUGUGAGUUGAUGAGGCUGCAGCAUCAAGCCGAGCUCACUGACCAGCUGGAGCGUAAUAAACGGAGAGAGCGAGAACUAAGGCGGACGCAUGUCAUGCAGGUUCGACAGCAGCCUGAGAGUCUGAAGCCGCAUUUGGAUGAAGCACAGGAGGCAGAGCGCCAGGCUUUGAAAACGCAGCUGCAGCAGGAACUGGAGCUGUUGACUGAACUUCAGAGCAAGAUCAAAAUGCAGGCUGAGGCACAACACGCUCAAGAGUUUCGGGAGCUGAAACGGAGGGUCUCCCUCCGCAAGACACUUUUAAAACAACAGAUGGAAGAAGAGAUAUCGACAUUUCAGAAUGAGUGCAGUGAAAGAAUACGAAGCCUGCUGGAGCGGCGAACGAAAGAGAUGAAAGCUUUCCAAUCUGAAAGCGAGGGACUAGGUUUUAGAAACGACCUUUCUAACCUUGCCCCUGAGGCAUUCAGCCACAGCUCCCCCAGAGCUCCUCACAGGGUGCAUCCCAUACGUGGCCUAACACAAGCCUCGGGCCAUCCAAUACAAGGUGGGUCCCCAGCCAUGCAGGUCACCCUUCUGAGCCAAUGCAUGGGGUACCCCGAGGUAGCAGUAUGGGAGUUCGCAAUAGCCUUCGGGUUCUGAGGCGGACAGCUGCCGGGGGAUGGACGGAACAGGGCAUGAACAGAAACACCAGUGUCACUUGACAAAUGUCCAAUGGGUCACACAUGUCUUACACGUGACUUAAUAAUUGAGAAUAGCGAGGAGCCAAGAUGGUGGCAUGAGUAGGACAGCAAUCUCCUCCCAAAAACAUAUAUAUUUUUUAAAAUACAACAAAUACAACCAUUCCUAAAACAGAGACCAGAAGAUACAGUACAAUAGCCAGGCUACGUCUACAUCUGCAAGAACCCAGUGCCUCACGAAGGGGAUAAGAUACAAGCCGUGGCCUGGCGGGACCCGAGCAGCUCCCAGCGGGAGGAGAGGAGUCAGAGCGGGGAGGGAGAGGGAGCCCAGGACUGCUAAAUACCCAGCCCUAGCCAUCCGCACCAGAGCAUGGACACACAGUGCGUGGUGUGCUGGAUACUAGGAAACUGAACAGUAAAACCUGUGAGCAGGUCCCCGUAGCCGGCGCACCUGGGACACAAGAAAAGCGUGUGCUUUUUGAAGGUCUUAAAGGGACAGGGGCCUCAUAGCUGGAUGGAGGCAUCCCGGCAAACAGCCCAGCAGCUGGGAAUCCCCGGGAACUCCAGGCGCCCCGACCCCCUGGGUGACAACGUAGCUCGGUGGCCCCCCACAGUGAUAAACAGCCUCCCGCCCACUCCCCCCCUGGCUCGGCCCCACCAGAGCAGAGCAGCAGCCUAAAAGUGGCCACGCCCACAGCAACCAUGAGGAACCUACUCCACAGUAGCGGGGCAAGAAUCAGAGACCCUGUCUGCACGCAGCUGCCCAGCAAAAGCCACUAGGGGUCACCGUUCUCCCAGGAAAGGAAGGCCAGGAGCAAGUGGAAAGGGACUUUGAUCUCCCAGCUGGCACACAUGCCGACUGCCUACGACUACCUCUAUCACCAUGAAAAGGCAGAAGAAUUUGACACAGACCAGACUAACCCAGACAUCCUCCCCUGAGAGGGAAUCUGAGGAGAUAGAUUUAACCAAACUUCCUGAAAAAAUUCAAAAUAAAGGUCAUAACCAUGCUGAUGGACUUGCAGAGAAAUAUGCAAGAGCUAAGGAGGGAGAACACAGAAAUAAAACAAUCUCUGGAAUGACUUAAAAGAGGAAUGGACGAGAUGCAAGAGGCCAUUAAUGGAAUAGAAAUCAAUGAACAGGAAUGCAGAGAAGCUGACGCAGAGAGAGAUAAAAGGAUCUCCAGGAGUGAAAGAAUAUUGAGAGAACUGUGUGACCAAUCAAAACGGGACAAUGUCCACAUUAUAGGGGUACCAGAAGAAGAGAGAGAAAAACGGAUAAAAAGUGUCUUUGAAGAAAUAAUUGCUGAAAACUUCCCCAAACUGGGGGAGGAAAUAGCCUCUCAGACCAUGGAAGCACACAGAACUCCCAACACAAGGGACCCAAGGAGGACAAGACCAAGACACAUAAUAAUUAAAAUGGCAAAGAUGAAGGACAAGGACAGAGUAUUAAGGGCAGCCAGAGAGAGAAAAAAGGUCACCUACAAAGGAAAACCCUUCAGGUUAUCAUCAGACUUCUCAACAGAAACCUUACAGGCCAGAAGAGAAUGGCAGGAUAUAUUUAAUGCAAUGAAACAGAAGGGCCUUGAAUGAAGGAUACUGUAUCCAGCACGAUUAUCAUUUAAAUAUGAAGGAGGGAUUAAACAAUUCCCAGAGAAGCAAAAGUUGAGGGAAUUUGCCUCCCACAAACCCCCCUCUACAGGGUAUUUUAGAGGAACUGCUCUAGAUGGAAACACUCCUAAGGCUAAACAGAUGUCACCAGAGAAAAUAAAAUCACAGCAAAGAAAGUGGACCAAUCAAUUACUAACUAAAGGCAAAAAAUAAAAUCAACUACCCACAAAAGCAGUCAAAGGAAACACAAAAGAGCACACACACACACACACACACACACACACACACAAACACCUAACAUACAAAGAAUGGAGGAGGAGGAAUAAGAAGGGAGAGAAAUAAAGAAUCAUCAGACUGUGUUUAUGAUAGCUUAAUAAGUGAGUGAAGUUAGACAGUAAGAUAGUAAAGAAGCUAACCUUGAACCUUUGGUAACCAAAACCUAAAGCCUGCAAUGGCAAUAAGUACAUCUCUUUCAAUAAUCACCGUAAGUGUAAAUGGACUGAAUGCACCAAUCAAAAGACACAGAGUAAUAGAAUGGACAAAAAAGCAAGACCCAACUAUAUGCUGCUUACAAGAGACUCACCUCAAACCCAAAGACAUGCACAGACUAAAAGUCAAGAGAUGGAGAAAGAUAUUUCAUGCAAACAAGGAGGUGUUCCAGUACUAGUAUCAGACAAAAUAGACUUCAAAACAAAGAAAGUCACAAGAGAUAAAGAAGGACAUUAUAUAAUGAUAAAGGGCUCAGUCCAACAAGAGAAUAUCACCAUUAUAAAUAUCUCUGCACCCAACACAGGAGCACCAACAUAUGUGAAACAAAUACUAACAGAAUUAAAGGAGGAAAUGGAAUGCAGUGCAUUCAUUUUACGAGACUUCAACACACCACUCACUCAAAAGGACAGAUCCACCAGACAGAAAACAAGUAAGGACACAGAGGCACUGAACAACACACUAGAACAGAUGGACCUAAUAGACAUCUACAGAACUCUACACCCAAAAGCAACAGGAUACACAUUCUUCUCAAGUGCACAUGGAACAUUCUCCAAAAUAGACCACAUACUAGGCCACAAAAAGAGCCUCAGUAAAUUCAAAAAGACUGAAAUUCUACCAACGAACUUCUCAGACCACAAAGGCAUAAAACUAGGAAUAAAUUGCACAAAGAAAGCAAAAAGGCUCACAAACACAUGGAGGCUUAACAACACGCUCCUAAAUAAUCAAUGGAUCAACAACCAGAUCAAAAUAAUUGAGAAUGGCCAUUCCGCUGGGACAGUCCACCAAAGGAAACUCCCUGCAGACGUCACCACAAGCAGCCUCCUCGCGUGGGUGCUACCCUGUGGAAGCUGAGGCAUGUGGGAUACUUUAUUCAUUUUUGUCAAGCGUUCUGUCUUGUGUUUACUAAUUGGGAUGUCAUAGUAUUUAGCUGUCAGGUUUUGUGUUUUGUUUUGUUUUUAACUUUUGGGGAAAUUUUAUGUAAAGGGGAAUUGGUGUGUAUGUGUGUCUAUCAAAUACGCACACACAUGCACAAAUACAGUGCACGUGGUAAUAAGAAACCGGUUAGAUAGGGGGUAUUUUCUGAAAACUGCAAAAACAAUUCAGCAACGUGGCUUGAGUCAUCACUUUUGGACAACUCUAUCCUAAGAAAUUUGUGAAAAGAUCUAAGGCCUUUCUCUGUAUACCCCAGGUUCUUAUGAGCCACUCACAGCAGGCAGCAUAUGCUAAAACAAGUUAUUAUGGAAACACACCUGUAUCCCCUCACCAAUGUAUUUUGUUUAUUAAAUAAAUGUAUUUUGUCUGA